CGCGAGAGCUGGAACUUCAGGUGUGACGUCACUUUCCAGAAUCCCCUUCUUUGGUCGACGGGAGCGAAAGAAUAAAGCAACAACAACAACAGCAAGACAAAAAAAAAGACAUUUUGAACAGUGCGGCCGUCGCGGACUUUGGUUGGAAGAAGAAAGCGAGCUUUUUAUUGUCGUUUGAACAUUUCCAGGAUGUCUCUGUACCCGUCUCUGGAGGACAUGAAGGUGGACAAGGUGAUGAGGGCCCAGGCCCAGUAUGCCCACACCUCCACCCUCAACUCCACCAUGCCAGCAGCCAUCACCGAGGGGGGCGAGCAGCUGCAGCAGCCGGCGACUGCUGGGAUGCUGUCAUCCAGCUUGUACCCUAACCUGGAGGAGCUGGGAGACUACAUGGGUCUGAGCCUCAACAGUGAUGAGGUGCAGCAAAACCUGGCCAUGCUGCCCGUGGCCAACAAUCAAGUGGCGGUGCCCUCCUACUCGGGUGUGGCGGGGAUGGUGUGCCCUAUUACGGGCUCCGACGUCGGCAUCCGGAGGGCCGAGGUCCGCCAAGGGCUGCGAGAAAUCAUCCUGUGCAAGGACCAGGACGGCAAGGUUGGACUGCGCCUCAGGGCCAUUGACAACGGAGUGUUUGUUCAGCUGGUACAGGCCAACUCCCCCGCUGCCUUGGCCGGCCUGCGCUUCGGCGACCAGGUACUUCAGAUCAACGGGCAGAACUGCGCCGGCUGGAGCGUGGAUAAGUCCCACAAGGCCCUGAAGGCUGCGGCCGAGACCCGCAUUGAGAUGGUGGUCAGGGACAGGCCCUUCCAGCGCACUGUCACCAUGCACAAGGACAGCUCGGGUCACGUGGGCUUCAUCUACAAGUCUGGGAAAAUCACAUCGCUGGUCAAGGACGGCUCCGCCGCUCGCAACGGCCUGCUGACCGACCACUACAUCUGCGAGAUCAACGGGCAGAACGUCAUUGGACUCAAGGAUUCCCAGAUAAAAGAUAUUCUCACGUCCUCCCCGACUGCCAUGACCAUCACCAUCAUGCCCAAGUUCAUCUACGAGCACAUGAUUAAGAGGAUGUCCAGCAGCCUGCUCAAGUCGGCCAUGGACCACUCCAUCCCCGAAGUGUGACUCGGCACAAAGAGCAGGGAGUCUCGUAAAAGACGCCGACAUCUCUUUUAUUCUUUCCUUCAACCGUCUGCCAUUACUCCUCUUUGUUUACUUCAUCUUUACAAUUGCCUCGGUGUCUGCUAAGAUCACCAAAUGUCUUUUUUUUUAGUUUUGUUUAUUUUCGCAUUCUUGCUGGAGUCAAAGGACGGUCCAAGAUGGUUUCUAUUUUCCCAUCCACGCAAAGUCCGGAGCUUCCUCUCCGUUCAUUUCUCUUCUCGUCCCCUUAUGCUCCAAGAUGCUGUAAACAAGCCACGUCUCCCACGUUUAAAAAAAAAAAAAAAAAAAAAAAUCUAAAUAAUUCCACAGUAAUAUUAGCAGACAUUGAUCACAUGAUAUACACUUACAUGAAGCUAGCGUUAUCAUCGGCCAAAAUGACAUAAAUAUCAAAUGAAAUACGGAACUCAUUCAGUAAAAUGUGAAAUAAUUUGCUAAAUUACCAAUCAUUCAUUCAUUUGUGAAAUAUCAAUCAAUAAAUAUCUGUAAACUGUUAUUAAUGUAUGAAUUGCAAUUUGGAACUUUUAUUUUUCUAAUGUACUACUGACCUUUUUUUUUUACUUGUAAUAUUUCAAAUUUAUUCUCUCUUUUUUACAAAAACAGAUUUAUAUGGUAAUAUUCCACCUUUUUUCUGUACUCUUAUAAUUUUUACAGACUUCCCCCAAAAUGCAACUUUCAUGUUAUUGCCACAUUUUUUCCUGUCCCAUUUGAUAUGAUUUCAUUAUUAUUAUUUUUUCCGACGACUUUAUUUGCCUCAUUUUAAAAAAACUCAAGUUAGUAUUUACAAUAUUAUAAAUUCUACCUACAGUUAUUUCCCAAAACAUUGUUAGUAUUCUUUUUUUUAAAUUAAAUUUUCACAAUAUUAUUAUCCUUGAGGUAUUACAACACUUUUUCAUGACCAAUGCACAUAUUAAUAAUUGUAUUAAAUUGCAAUGUAUUUAUUGGCAUUUUGAAAUUUAUAAAAUGUAUAUUUGUAAUUGUAUUUCAUGACGAUGCAUUGGAAAAAUAGCCGGACAAUCACUUUUUUUCAAUUUCAUGAAAUAAAUUACAUAAAAAAAUAAGUCAAUUAAAAAAAUAAAAUAAAUAAAUGAAUAUAUUGGUCAUAAAACAGUUCCCAUAAUUUAAUUGGUGUCUUAUGAAUCAUUUCACAAUUUAAUGAAUGAUUGAAUUGGUUUGGAUAUUUAUUCAUUUACGGACAAAAAAAAAAGCUACAAAAGCUGAAAAUGUGCUCGUAUAUUUCAAGAUGGGGGGGGGGGUACAGGUUAGUUUCAUUUCUUGGGAGCUGACUAUGUGCUGGACGGAGCCACUAAGUGCACUUUCCAUGACCUUUUUUUAAGAUACAUUUCCUGCGUUCUUUCUGUCCUUAAAUAAUUGUGCGUGUGGUGCCUCUUGUUUGAAUGCGGAUUUUACAUUUAACUCACCUCUAAAUGUCCCUGUUAAAAAAAAAAAAAAAAAAGGUAUAUUCUGCUUCCGGAUGCAUGUAUUCAUCUCCCACGUAUGCAAUCUGAUAUGAAUGUAAGCAACAUACUACUAUCGUCAAGCAAAUAAAACACAAUCAUUAGACACGUC